CAAUAAUGGAGGAUAUAUUCUCGGUUAUCUUUUAUUUGUUCAAAAUUAAAUUGAAAUGACGAACGAAGAACGAUAAAUAAAUGAACAUCAGCGAAAAUGUGAACUUGUGGUUUGGAUAUUGUGAUUUUUCGGAGACUUUUUGUGUGUGGUUGGAUUGAAUAUUUAGAUGAACGAAAACCGAAUCAUGCCGAACGCGAAACAAUAAAAUGGCGUUGAAACUGAAAUACAAGGACGAGCACGGCGUUGUACAGAUCAACAUGAGUCCAUUGGCCAGUCCCCGCGCGGACGACAUCGCCGAUCCCAAAUUCGACACUAUAAACAACAGAUUCGGACAAUACGACCUCUUCGGGGGGAAAUACGACAGUGGAGGGGAGCAACCGUCGCUGUUCCGAAGCCGCUACAACAGUAUCGAAGAAGAACUGGCCAACACGCCGUACGCCUUCGCCACGGAACGAUCGCUCAGAUUAAACACAUCCGAGAAUCUCGAUAUAACGAUAAAAUCGAUAAAUUCCCCCACGAACGACAUAGAAGACGAUCGAUUCUUUCGUUGCAACGAUUACGAUUUGUUCGGGCCCCAAAUCGAUUUGAAAGACGAAGCUUUCACCGUGACCCAGCUGAUCCACGCUCAGGAUCGAUAUUUCGAUCUGUCUUCUAGGACGUCUGAUAGUUCUAAGGGUGUCAGUGCAGUGUCCAGGGAUGAAGGGGCGUUUAAAGUACUGCCUACGAGGGUGAAGACAUCACCGGCGUAUACACCUGUUCCAGUCGUGUCAACAGCGAAGAGAAAGACGGAGAAGUCAUUCGCGAUAUUAGCUGACCCUCCCGCCGCCUCCCGUCCAAGCAGUCCUCGCUCUCUUCCCGUGGAGAUUAAGCCGGGAAGAGUGUCACCGUUUCGUGGUCGAGGCUUUAGAGAAGAAACUUCAAGACACAGCACUCCGAAAACCUCCGCAACCAACUCCAGAGCUAGUUCUCCACCCAGAAGAAGAACGAACUCCUUGCCAAGAAUAGACAAGAUGGCAACUGUCACUCUUCCCCCACCAACCCAUAUAACUCACUCCCCUAGAAAUUUUCUGAAAGAAAACAUAGAAGAAGUAAGAGAACUGAGCGAGUUGAAUAGAGAGAAACAUGAAGCGGAAGCAGAAAAAAUGAGACAAUUAGAAGAAGAGGCUCUACUUAAGGAAAUGGGCAUUUUAGACAAGAAAGUUCGGUCCAGAUCUACUUCCAGAACUAAUUCACCAAGUAGAUUAAAGCUUAGAUCUAGAUCGAAUUCUCCGGCGGCGAUAUUACAUAUCCAAAAUGUUCCUUCGAGUAAUAAAACUAUUGUGAGCGUUGAAAAUGUAGUACCUAAACCUAAUACUCACAGAUCUAGGGUUCGGACAGUUUCGAAAUCACAACCGCAAUCAAAUGACGGUUCUCCUAAGAAUUCCAAAAUACCUAAAAGACAGAGUUCUGUGUCUCCUACUAGAACAACCAAACGCGAUAUGUCUAACGGCAGAAGAUUUAUUGGGAAUGGCCUAAAUCAAAAUCAACGAUUCAUUUCCAACAGCACAAGCAGCAUCCACGAGACAAUAAGAGUAGGCAGUCAGGUUCACGACAAAAGAGGCAUGAGUAAGAGUACUCAGAAUUUAGACAUAUCUCCUGCUCACAUUAGAGGAAAACCUCCGAUUUCACCAGGCAGAGGCGGACCUCCUCCUUCAAAUAAGACUAUUAACGCCAAACGGCUUUCUCCUAUUGUUGGCACACCAAACAAAAGCCCAACAGAAGACCCGAAGCCAAGUUCGGCCAGGACUCCAACAAAACCAUCCACAGUACCAAGGAAAGCGAUCAAAACAGCUGAUAAUACACCUGUUUCGUCUAGAUUGAAUUCUAGACAGCCUAGCAGAUCAGUCAGUAGGGAUCCAAGUCCUGAAAAACGUACGAAAACCACAGUUAAACCUCCUCCUGCAAAAACUGUAAAUCGAACAUCAAGCAACAAAACUGUUUCAAAAACUACCGUUUCCAAGCCUGAACCAAAAAAGCCUAUAAGCAGAACUAGUAGUAUUAAAAGCCUCACUAGAACUCCCAGCAGUAAAACAUUAAACGAAAAACCGCCACUGAAAAAGACUAAUAGUAAAAAGGAUUUAACAGAAAAAUCGCAACCGAAUGGCAAAGUAAACGAAGUUGGAAUAAAAAAGGAUUCAUUAAAAGAAAAGAGUAAGCCACAAAAAAGUUCGAGCUCCGAGAAGGACGAUUCAAAACUACCAGAAACCGUUACAGAAGCUAAAAACCAAACAGCUUCGACCGAAACUGAAACUGAAGAGAUUAAAAAGCAAGAUAACGAAACUCAAUACGACCGAAUCACUAACGACAAAGGUGAGCUAGUUGUUAUGACUAAGAAAAAUAUAGUGUCAAUGACAACUGCCGCGAUUACAUCACAACCACUAGAGGUAGUUACGAAAGUUACAAAUCAGUUACCUGUUGUACUGGAAAAAGCUAGAGAAAAGGCUAUGCUUGAGAGACUGAGCUCUAAAGAAUCUUUACUAGGUAAGGAAGAUGAAAAAGACAAAGAGAAAAUCAAGGAUACGAAAGAAAAAGACAAAAUCGAAGAUAAUAGACCCCCAAAACCUGCUAGGAGUCACGACAGGACUAUAUUUGUGGAAGACAAUGUUAAAUUGAAACCAUUACAGCCUCCAUACAAUAAUCCGCAAGUCGAGAGGGUAAAGCAGAAAAUUGAUGACAUUUUAAAAGAGCCAGAAAUUUCUACAGAAAACAUUUUAACCGCUUCAGCCAAGUCUCGCGAAGCUAAAAGUACGUUUAAAACUUUCGCCACGAAAACUGCGGCGGACGUUAAAGAAGCUAAAGAUGAGGUUACAAAUAAACUGACGAACAUAAAAGAUCAAGUCGUUAAGCAAAACGACAAAAUGGUGACUGAAAUCAGGUCCGAAGCCACAAAAAUAGUCGACAGCAUCAUAACACCAGUUGAAGAGCCGAAAGAAGUUCCCGAAAAACCAAAACCUGAACCGAAAAAAGAAGUAGAGCCUGUAGUUAUGGUGGUGACUGAAAAGAAAAAUAUAGAGAAAGAAAGCGCAGAGAAAGUUAAUGUGGCUAUAGUGAAAGGUGGGGCAGAUAUAGAAGUGCAAAGUUCAAAUGUACCGGCGCCGGAUGUAGGCAAGAUUAUCAUCGAGAACAAUACGACGGACGAGUCGGACAAAUCAACACAAAGCAAUGGAGGGUACCCUGGCAAGUCCACGUUGCUCAGAUUUCCUCAAAGCGUUAGCACAACGCCCAUACCGCCGGCCAGGACUCGAAGAGAAUCGAAAAAACAAGAAACGAACCUCGAACCCGCAAUACCAAGCGACGAACAUCCAAAACCGCCGAACUUAUGCGAAAGAAUCAUGGGGAAAUGCAAAUCUAAAUAUUGCCCGUGCUGCGUCAAAGGACCGAAAGAAAAUGACGAUAAAAUACAAGAAGAAAGUCUAACGCGAGAAAAUUUAGAGGCGUCGAAAGACAAUGAGAGCGUAAUGAAAGAAGACCGGCAGAAGGAAAUAUCCGAAACUUUGCACGGAAAGAAAAUGGGGUUGAUGGAAAAACUUAACUGUUGCAAGAAAAAAGAAAAAGAAGAAAUAAUGAGAGACGUUGAAACGGCAACAGGAAAGGCCUCAGUCGAAUUCGAGGACGAAGUGAAACGCAAAAGGAAAUUCCGCGACAUAAUCUGUUGCGGUCGCAAUCAGCGUGUCAGCGACAUGUCACCGAGAAACAUUGCCAUGUCAACGGCAAAUGUUGCCAUGUCGCCGGCUAACGCUGCCUUGACUCCCGCCGUUGCCGACGACACUGGAUGCUGUGGGAGAAGAAAAAGCCAAGUGGACAGAAGAGACAGUAUAUUGAGUGAUAGGACACAUACGAGCUGCUGCAACAACCGCUUCGGGUCGUGGCUCCGCGGCGUGUGCCGUCGACAGUCCGAGCACUCCUCCAGCAGAAGGACGAGCGAGUUCUCUAAAAACAAAAGUCUCUCACCAACUUUACCGCCCGAGGAUACCCGAAAGAAACUGGACACUUCUUUGGUUGAGCACACGAGUGUGAUGCGUGGAGCUAUCCCGAUUCUGCCUAUAGCUCUGGCAUACUUCUGUUUGCUGUUCAACAUAAUCGUUCCCGGCCUUGGGACGAUCUGUAGCGGAUUGUUCUGUCUCUGCUUCGGCAUACCGAGGUUUGGAGUCCACGACGGAGCCAGACACAGAAUAGGGUCAUUCGUGAUCAACCUGCUCGUUGGUUGUGGUCAACUGUUCACGGUUCUCUUCUGCUUGGUCGGUUGGGGCUGGUCUAUAUGGUGGGGUGUCAUUAUGCUGAAGAUUUCACGGAAAUACCGCAAAUUAAGAGCUGAGGCAGCAGCACAAGAGGCUGAAGCUCCUCCCAUCACAGCCAACAAUCACACGCGACCGUAAUGUCAGAUUGACAGCUCUCAUCUGUCAAAUAAUGGCGCGAACACUAUUAUAACCUGUAACAUAAUUAUCAGCGGAACACUCCAAUGUUAUCUAAACUAAAUAGAUUAUAAUAAUUUGGAUGUUUUGAAAAAAAGAUUUCGAGCUCUUUAGUAGCGGAGCUAACGGAACGUAAGCAGAAGUCAUGACGAACUAACAAAUAAAGUUAUUCAGCGGGAACAGUAAUAUUUCCUUCAAUUUGUUGGUAUAAAUGUGUUAGUGCGAAAUUUCUAAGAAAUUUACAAUUGUACAUUGGCAACACAGUGAGUUUCAGUAAGCCGUCUAAAGCAUAAUAAUUCCUGACAAAAUACAUAUUAUGAUUAAAAUGUAAAUUAACAUUAAUCACGUUAACAGUACUAUAAAAUUACUAUAAAUAAUAUUUAAAAAAAAAAACUUUUU